AGGAUUGGUCAGGCGCCAAGCCCUCUCCCCCGGCCUGGCCGGCGCCGUGUCCGCCCCUCUCGCCAGACUGCGGCCCUGGGCCGGCGCCGCCCACUCCGGAGCCGGGGGAGGAGGGUGAUGUUCCCUUCCCCGCUCGCUGUGGUGCGGUCCCGGGGCGGGGCGGGGCGGAGUGGCAGCGGCGUGAGGCGCUGUCAGUGCCGGGUCCUGCAGCUCCGCGGAAGGAAGCGCCCAGAGCCCGCAGCAUGGAGUCGCACCGCUGGCUGCCCCUGGAGGCCAAUCCCGACGUCAUUAACCAGUUUCUCAAACAGUUAGGUAUACAUCCUGACUGGCAAUUUGUAGAUGUGUAUGGUAUGGAUCCAGAACUACUUAGCAUGGUGCCAAGACCUGUUUGUGCGGUGCUACUUCUCUUCCCAGUAACAGAAAAGUAUGAAACAUUCAGAACAGAAGAGGAAGAGAGAAUAAAAGCCCAGGGACAAAAUGUCAGAUCAUCAGUAUAUUUCAUGAAGCAAACCAUCAACAAUGCUUGUGGAACAAUUGGACUUAUUCAUGCUAUUGCAAACAAUAGAGAUAAAAUGAACUUCGAAUCAGAUUCUACACUGAAAAAAUUCCUGGAGGAUUCGUUACCUAUGAGUCCUGAAGAGAGAGCCAAAUAUUUAGAAACCUAUGAAGCUAUUCGUGUUACUCAUGAAUCCAGUGCCCAUGAAGGUCAGACUGAGGAUCUACCCUAGAAUGAAAGUUGCCAGCCUCAAAUGUUCAAAAAUCAUGACUGGAUUAAAAAUAAUGAGAUUUUUUUUCUUUUAGUUGGGGUUUUUUAUUUCCCGUUAGGUUUCUGAGCCAUUAGGGUGCCUUGGGUCACAUUUUCAAGCUUUUCUCCAUAGCCAAGAAAGUCUGGUAACUUCAUUUUUUAGUGAAAACAGAGAUUCUCCUGUAAGCACAUGGAGUUGGGGUUUUAAGAAAAAUACCAAAUAUUGUAAAACUUUUAAUAAAAUCACAAGAGUUGA